CACUUUAGCACGCUCACGUGGGAGACUUGUCUGAGCACCGAUCAUUGUCCAGGACCAAGUACAACGACCACCGCUGCCUCCGCAGUCUGGUUUGAGUACUUCUGGUCAACUUCUGGUAUUCCUAAUGUUUUCACAAUUUCGGCAGGCAGUGGAAGGCUUUGCACAGCCGCAGCCCCGUCGGUCUCAAGACCUCAACGGCGAUGAUAACCGUUUCACAAGCGACCCACUUGACGUGCAGUCUGCACGACAGUUGCAAUCCACAAAUCAACUUGCGGACGCUGCACUGAAUAACCUACGCAGGUCAUUUGCAUCACAGCGCCCUGGGAGUCCGCUGUCGCGAUCUUCUAGCCCUGUCUCUUCGUCUGUCCCAAAGAGUAACAGUACGCCCGAUCCUGGACUACGCAAAUUUACUCUCGAAGAACGCCUACGCGCAUCAUUCUCAGUCGGAGAUGCAUCCAAUACUACAUCGCCUGGUAUUUCUUCGAGAGCUUCGCCAGCGUCGAGUGCGGUUGUGGUCACGCAACAUCCACUCUCCCCCACAUCAAUUCCCCUGCCAGCCUCCCCUGUAAUACUUCCAGUAGCAGCAUCUCCACCGCAAGUAUCUGACACCCAGCCCAGCGACCUUCCGUCACAUCCUUCGCCAUUUCCCCUCGCUGCAACUCACCUCCAAGAUGCUAGUGAAGAGGGCCCUCAUGCUACUUCAACAACAGAGGUUCCUCAAGCUCUAGCCCUAGCUCCUCUGCCACUGGGCCCAGAAAAGGCACCUGUCGCAGAAUAUUCUGAUAGUCUCCUCCCCAAACCCGUAUCGGUAUCUACUGGAAUAGAAGAAAAUCUCCAGCUGCCUAAUGAUCUUCCCGCUGAUACAUACACGGCACUUCCGUCAGAAGUUCACGGUUCGGAUUCUGGAGACAUCGAUGGCGAGCCCGAUAUUCCUAUUCAUACAGACGCAGCUGCUUCCUAUGUAUCAGAAGUUCACGGCUCGGAUUCUGGAGACAUCGAGAACACCGCCGAUGUUGCCAUUCAUACAGACGCAUCUACUUCCCAUAUGUCAGAAGUUCACGGCUCGGAUUCUGGAGACAUCGAUGGCAACGCCGAUGUUCCCAUUCAAAUAGAAGUACUUACUUCAGACGGCAAUGGCGAAAAGACGGAGCAACCUCCAGAAGACCCUUUUACUGUGCCUUCAUCAAAAUGCAGCGAAGCUGAUGUUGAAGCUCUUCAAGAACGUCUAAAAACUCGUGGAACAACGGUUCUCAGAUGUGUCGACGUCAUUUAAAAAACUUCAGGCAGAACGGUCGGCUGUAGAUGAUGUUAUUCGGGAAUUGACUCCUUUGGAGGAUGCUGAUGAUGCAACUGCACUACGUGACUACCUGUCUAACAUGAACAUGAAGACUGAGGUGAUGUGCUACAAUGUUUGCCCUGUUCUAGCUUCUUAUCCAUCCGAGUAGCUUAC